UGCAAAGGUGAAUGAAGAAACGGGCGUACCUGCUUCUGGAGACCGAAGAUGCUUGCAGCGCUGAUGAUGAUUCUCGCCUACUGCUUCCCUUUGUCUUCCUUCUGUGCUCACUUGUCUGUGUUUUCCUUUUUUUUUUUCUCAGCUGCUUUUAAAACUAAGAAGAUGAUGUCGGCCUGCUGUGAGUUUGUUUUGGGUGUUUUCUUUUGUGCAGGGGUGUCUGCAGAGAUGAAGGCAAUGGCGGGGACAAUUAUCUUUGAAUGCUGGUUUCCUUUCCUCUCCUUCUCUCUGUGUAUUAUUUCUUUCUCUGGUUUUUCGUCCGUUUUUGCUCUGGUUCUGACUCUGUUUUUUUGCUCUGGUUUUUUUUCGGUCUUUUUCCUUUUCUGGUUUUCUUCUUUGGUUUUCUGGGUUGGUUCUUCUUCUCUCUUUUUCUCACUGUGUAUUAUUUCUUUCUCUGGGUUUUUGCUUUGUUUUUGCUCUGGUUCUGCUUCUGUCUUUUCUUUUCUUUUCUUUUUUUCAUUCUGGGUUUUUCUUCCCCUUUUAUCGAGAUCCAGCAGCUUGCCUCCAACUAGUCCUGCCUUUGCAGGACUGUUAUUUUCCACUAACGAGAUCGUGGGCAAGAGACGUGAUCCACGAUUGGUCGGAUUUGUUGCAGAUUUUCAGCUCCCCUGUUGAAUCGGGAUGGAGAAGACGCACGACUGUUCCCCAGCAACGGUGCCGUUUCGGCAGAAACGGGAAUUUCCACUUUGACCCCUGCCUCUGGAAAUUUAACAAUUGGAUCCCAAAUAAUAAAUAAAUCUUUUAAUUUUGCCAUUGAAUUAAUUUCACCUAAAUCCCUAAAGUAUAGCACCGUUUACAAAACAGUCCUUAAUUCCUGGACUGUUCAAUUUGGUCCUUAAUUAACUCUUCAACUUUUAAUUCUAUUGUCUUAACCUCAUUGUCUACUAUAUUUAAUUUUUAUUAUUUGUUCAAAAAUUAGGUUAUGACAACAAUGACGAUGACAAUGAUGAUGACGAUGAAUUUAUUUUAAUGAGGCAUUUUGAUACAAAAAAAUUAAUUAUAUACACAGCUAGAGCUAUAAACAUUUAUUAUAUUAAUUAUAUCUAUAAAGAAUCAUGUAUGAUUUCGUAUAAUACAGGGAUGCGUUGGUUGACAGAGGUUUUAAGAGGUCAUUGGAAACGAAGUGUUAACAUGUUUAGGAUGGACGCAACCACUUUGUUGAGUCUGUGCACGGAAUUAGAAACGCACCAUGGCUUAAAACCGUCAAGAAGAAUGAGCGUUAUUAAAAAGGUGGCAAUGAUUUUAUUUACAAUAACAGUUGAGGCGUCAAAUAGACAAGUACAAGAACGAUUUCAGCAUUCAGGUGAAACUAUUAGUAGAUGUUUUAAAGAAGUGUUUAAAUCAUUACGUUUGUUUGCUGUGGAGGUUAUAAAACUAGUAGAUCCACAAUUUACGAGCACACCAAGAGAAAUUGUUAUGAAUCCAAGAUUUAUGCCACAUUUCAAGAAUUGUGUCGGUGCAAUUGAUGGAACACAUGUCCGUGCCUGCAUAUCAUCUGAAAGUCAAAUUCCAUUUAUUGGAAGAAAAGGUGUACCAACACAAAAUGUCAUGGCCGCUUGUAGUUUCGACAUGCAAUUCAUGUUCGUGUGGGCAGGAUGGGAAGGCAAUGCACACGAUAUGCGUAUUUUUCUUGAGGCUAUUGACAAUAGCAAUAUCAAAUUUCCAAAACCUCCAAAAGGAAAAUACUAUUUGGUUGAUGCUGGAUAUCCAAACGAGUAUGGGUAUUUAGGUCCCUACAAAGGCAAGAGGUAUCACUUCUAAGAAUUUAGGCGACGUGGACAACCAAGUGGUCGGAAAGAAGUGCUUAAUCGUGCACACUCGUCACUACGUAACGUGAUCGAACGUUCUUUUGGGGUAUGGAAACAAAGGUGGAAAAUUUUGCAAAACAUGUCUGCUUACCUAUACAAAACACAAGUUGAGAUUGUAGUUGCAUCAAUGGCACUACAUAACUAUAUUAGAAGGAGAUCGCAAGAUGAUGCAGUUUUUUCUGAGUAUGAUCGCAACCCCAAUUUAAUUCUAGAUGACUUUUUACCUGAUAUUGUUUAGGCUUCGAUCGUUCAAGGCUCACAAAAGCCUUCACGUAUGGA